AUGCGAUGCGAGCAGACCACAGUGGUCCCGGCCAACUCAGAAGUCUUCGUAAAAUUAUCGAAGCCAUGCCUCAGCUACCCGAAAGACGCACCAUUCAUUCUGUACACGGAUGGAUCAACGACAGCGGUGGGAGCCGCCCUGCUGCAGGCGGAAGCCGGAGACCAGAAGCAAUUGAAGGCCGUAGUCGCAGCGUGCACUUUCUGCUAUAAUACCUCGACGCACGAGACUACCAAGGAAUCGCCUUUUUUCCUAAUGCACGGCAGAGAUCCCAACUACAACAUUAGCCUUGUGAUCGAGGAAUCUGCCCAAAUUAGCAGAAAACUGUCGAUGCCGUGGACAGGAAUUUUCCGCGUAGUCGCGAUCGACCACCCACACGCCUUCAUCGUGCCGAAAUCGACUCCUCACGCCCAGCCAAGAAAGAUCUCCGGUCCGACCACUACUACAGAGGAACUGACGGCGGAAGACGCCGAAAUCCUACAACAUGCAGAAGCAGAACCAGUACAGAUCCCAGGUUACGGUAAUAAUGACGGACACAAAGAAACUCCUCAAGGAUCUCAGUCCCAAGAGGUGGCCGGUCACAAAUAUUUUUUACGACCCAGGAAA